ACAGUCAGAGAAGUGUUUGAGUUGUUUGUGAAGACACAAAAAUUGGAAAAGGAAAUCUGUCCAAACCUAGCUAGAUAUUCGAAGUACGACAAGAAAGACACUCAGAAAAAAACAGUUUAUAUAUAUCUUGUUUGUGCUGUACUUAGAAUGGUGAACUUGGGUAGUGGUGACAUGUACAGUACAGUAAGCAACAUGGAAGCCACACCGUUGAAGCACUCCUUCUCCAUCAGCUCCCUCUUGUCCGAGGCCGUCCUCAACGCCGUCCCCGAGCACCGAAGGGAGCCGCAGCCGCCCAAGAACGAGCUCAUCCUCCAGGACUUCGAGAUGACGGGCGCCGUGGACGAAGAGGAGGAGGAAGACAUCGACGUCACAGGAGCCGCCAGCCCUCUGGUGGGGGGCAUGUCAGACUCCGAGGCCGAGGAGCAGCCGGAAAAGGAGGAGAAGGAAGGAGACGCCAAGAAGAGCGAAGAGGAGACCCAGGACGGGGAGAAGAAGAAACACGAGAAGCCCCACUACAGCUACAACGCCCUCAUCAUGAUGGCCAUCCGGUCGUCGCCCGAGAAGCGCCUCACCCUCAGCGGCAUCUACGAGUUCAUCAUGAAGAACUUCCCGUACUACCGCGAGAACAAGCAGGGCUGGCAGAACUCCAUCCGCCACAACCUCAGCCUCAACAAGUGCUUCGUCAAGGUGCCGCGCCACUACGACGACCCCGGCAAGGGCAACUACUGGAUGCUUGACCCUUCUGCCGAAGAGGUGUUCAUCGGAAGCACGACGGGCAAGCUGCGGCGCCGCUCCACCGCCGCCUCCAGGAACCGCCUCGCCGCCUUCAAGCAGUCGCUGCUCGGCCGCUUCGGCUGCUACUCGCCGCUCGGCCUAGCGCCCUACGCGGCUGCGGCGGCGGCGGCCGGCCUCGGGGGGCCCCUGGCCUCCCUUCCCGGGGCACUCUCCGGCGGCCUUGCCUCCGCCCCCCUCUACCAGCAGGCGUCGGCUGCGGCGGCCGCGGCGGCGCUCUACCGCGGGUACCCGGCCUCCUACUACCCCGGGAUGCUGCCAGGGGGCCCUGUGCCGCCCGCAGGACCCAGCCCGCCCUCAGGCCUGCCCAAGCCGACCGCCCUGAGCCCCGCCGCCGUCCAGCAGUCGCCGGCCGCCGUCCAGCAGAGUCCCGCCUCCUUCAGCGUGGACCACCUGCUCUCUGACACGCCGCCCUCCACGCCCCCCCGGGCCCUCCUCAUGGGCCUGGGCGGCAUCUCCUCCCCCGUCCACUACGACGCCUACAGGAACUCGCUCCUGGCCCAGAUGGGCGAGGCCGGGCGCCGUCACGGCAUCCACCGCCCCGUCACCGUCGUGGGGGGCCGCCCCAGCUAACUCUGCCCCCGCCCCCACGCCCACACCCUCAUCCUUACGCGGGCGGGCAAGUCAGCCCACUGGCCGCCUCCGCUGCCACCUCGCGCCGCCCGCGAGAAUCCGCCCAUCGCAUAACCUCCCCUUCCCGCCCACGCCUGCAUCCUCGCAAUGCCGUCGCCUCCUGCUCCUCCCGAUCUUCAAUGUCCUCAAACAGCUGAAAUCCCGCCGAACAUUCUCGACUUCGCCCGUCUUGCUUCAGCGCCCUUCGUCUUCAAGAGGCCACGCCGCUCGUCCGUUUCCGACACAGAACGAGGGAAAGAGAGAUUCGAGACAGAAUAGAAGAGACGGAAGGGAAUCUCGCCAUGUUUAUCAAGAAUAAAUUCAAGAACGCGAAGAGAAGUAACAACAACAACAACUACAAAAGCAACAACAACCUUUCUAUUGCCAAAAAAAAUAAACAAGAAGAGGAAAAGGGAAGUCGUUGCACAAUUCGACAUUAAGAGGAUGCUUAGGACGCUCCGAGAACCUACGAAAUCCGGAACAAGCUUAAGAAAAAGAAAAGUCCGAUGUAGGCCUAUUUUGGAGAGUCCUGUGGUGAAGUCAGAGAACCUGCUAGAGGAAGACCGACCUAAAAAGAAAGAAAUAAUUCCUGCUUCCUUUUUUUCUCUCAGAUAGGCCUAAUUUACUUAUUUCCAAAAGGUUCCCUCCUGCAAAAUACCUCAUGACCGUAAUUAUCAAAUAACUAAACAAAAUAAUGUAAAUAAGAUGAAGAAAGAGAGAGAGAAUGAGAGUAAGAGUGAGAGGAAACUAAAAAAAAAAUAAAAAAAUCCAGAUAAUGACUUAUAUGAAUAUUUAAUAAUAGAGAUAAUAGGAUAUUCUCGCUAGUGCUCACGUGUUAAUGAGAUGUAUAUAUGCAUUUGUUAAAUACUAUUUGUUCGUGAGAUGCUAAACCAGUAGUCCUGAAGCCAAAGAUGUUAAUUUAUUCGUUGAAUUAAUUGUUGUAUUUUCAUAAUAAAACAAAAGUGUUGAACUAA